ACUUGCUUUGAUUACAGAUCUAAUAUUUUUUAUUGAAAGUUUGUUCAUGAAGCACACAAAAUCUAAUGGAUAUUCUAAUGCAUGAUAUGAAAAAGUGCCGUGUUGUGAUGCACAAACUGCCUGAUGAUGCAGUCAAGAGGGGCUGGUGGUCUGGACUGAACCUUCCUCAAGUACCUGUUGCUGUUUGCCAAGUUGAGUCUAAUGCCACAAAUGCCAGUGGCUCAUCUAUGCUACCAGAUAUGGUUGCAGCUAACAUCAAGCUUGAGCCUGUAGAUGAAGAUGUGAAGGAUGAACCUGUUAAAAUUGAUGAAAAUCAGCAAACUCCUUCUCCUUCAUCUUGUGUGCCAUGCAAGGAGGAAGCUCAAGUUGAGGCUUGGGACGCCCACCAACGUUCCUCACAGGAUGUCACCGCUAUGCCUGGCGAGCAGAUGGCAUCCAGUACCAAAGAAUGCAGGGAUAUGCUGCACCAACUCUCAGCUGGUGCAGUCUGCAGUGGCAGACGUCCUGAGCCAAGCCUCUCUCAAGCAUCUCCUGUUGCAGUCUGCAGUGACAGAUGCCCUGAGCCAAGCCUCAUUUUAGCAUCUCCUGGUGCUGGCAAAGUCAAGUCUGAAGCCUUGGAAAUGAUUGACCCUUCUCCAGUCAUCAAAGUUUCUGCUAUCUCCAUCAAAAAAGAGCUUGAUGAUGAAACUGAGGCCAUAUCCAUCAAAGAAGAGCCCUUCUUGUAUGGAUAUGAGGCUUGCCCAACUGAACAGCUCAGCCAUGCACCUGCAUCCUCCUCUUGUUUGCCAUGCAAGACGGAAGUUCAAGUUGAGGAUCAUGGCAACCACACAAGCUCAUCACAGAACAUUUCUGCCCUGUUGGUCAAUCAGUGCAAAGCUGGUGGGUCAGCAUCAGCAUCAGGAGACGCUGCUGACGACGCUGGCGUCUCUGGGGCGUCCAACUCCAGGGAAGGCAUGAGCCUUAGUUGUUCCCAGCGUGGAUUGGUGCCUGCAAGUGCAGGUCAACAGCAGCUGCACAUUCAUCAAGAACAUCUUGCUUCAGGACCCCAUCGUUGCUCUGACUGCGACAACACCUCUAGUUCAGGGAGUGGACUGCAGCAGAAAAUUAAUGCUAUACAUUCGAUAAAAGACUCGUUGCAGUGCCAAGACUGUGGUUAUAAAUGUACCUCAAAGAAAUUAAUGCAGAAGCAUAUAGCUUGCAAACACUUAUGCAAAAGUCAACACCAGUGUCACUUCUGUUUAAAUUUGUGUGACACAAAAGCUGAACUCAAACAACAUAUUCUCUUGAGGCAUCCUCAGGGAAAUUCACAGAAAUUUUCUAAUGGUAAAUAUGCUGAUGGUUGUAAAAAAAUCCUUCACAAUCAUUGCAUUUCUAAACAGUCAACAAUGAAGAAAAUGGGCUACUCGGAGGGUGAUUUUGCUUGCACUACAAAAGGAAGCUUGAAAAGGCAUUUUCUUUAUAAACAUUCAACAGAAAAACAUAUUCAGUGUUCUGAGUAUUGUGUGAGGGCCCCAGGGCAUGCAGAUAGAGCCAGACCAAGAAACGAUGGGCCGGAGAGCAGCGGUUCGUCUCACUCACUAACCACAGUAGUCAAGAGGCAGAUUCGAGCAUUUAUUGAAUCUGACCAUCUGGUGGCUCCGGAAGAAAGAGUGAGGCGGGAGUCGGGAAACGGAAAUCAAGAGCUCGGAAGGCGAGUGGCCAGCAGACUGGCCGAUGGUGACAUAAGGGGAGCUGUGCGUAUGCUGGCAUCAUCGGAUGAUAUUGCCCCGAGGGACGAUAGAACCCGAGAAGAGCUCCGGCAGAAGCAUCCUCCGGCACCUGAGGACCUAUCUCUCCCUGAACCUGCAGGAGAAGACUACCCACCUCCUUCUAUCGUAGGGGAAGGGGAUGUGAGGAAAGCCAUCGCUUUCUUCAAGCCGGGUUCGGCGGGUGGCUCGGACGGGCUCCGCCCGGGUCAUCUGGUGGCCCUGAUUUCGCGGAAGGCGGGUGAGGCUUACCGGGUUCGUCAACCUGGUGAUUGGAGGGCGGGUUCCUGA